AUGCGAGUGGCAUAUCUAGGUUUGACGUUGUUGUGGUCGUUGGCUUCGGCCACGAUCUUGCAGAACGGGCAAGUGAAGGAGGAUCCGUACCCCGGACAAGCACCUGUGAUUUCCCUGGACGACUCCUGGCGUAACUAUGCGCCCGAUGUACCGGAGAUCGCAUACAAGGGCCGAUGGGACAGUAAACAUAUUUCAUGGUGGUCAGCCCCCGGAAUCAAGCUCCAAUUCUCGGGGAAUAAGCUCGCAAUUAGCUUCGGGCCGUCCACAAGUGAUGGCGUGCUUGUUGCAUAUAGACUUGGAUCCCUUGACUGGCAGUUUUCCAAUGUGACUGCUGACGCCACUUACCAAUUCAUUGGUCCUUGGACAGAGUUGGCCGACGAUAUAGUCGACGUGCCCAAGAUCUUCGAAAUGAGAGUUCAAAUUGCCGGUGUAUCUACUGCCAGCACGGCUGAACUCACCAUCCCACCUAGAUAUGCCAAGAAGGUGGAAGUCAUUGGUGGAUCAAUUGCCUCGGGACAGUACGGCUCUUAUGAAACUCUCUCAUCUUGGGCCUACCUCUUUGUGGCUGGCCUGGGCAAUGUUGAGCAUACUCUCACUUCGUAUGCCGGUGUCUGUCUGGUAGACAAGCAAUGUUAUGAUGGCAGUGCCCACGGAAUGACUUGGUACUGGCACCGUGCAUCAGAUCCCGGUGGUCGAUCCCGUGCCUUCUACCCCGAAGAACCCGAAAUCUUCGACAACUCCGCCGAGCAACCCGCUGAUCUUGUCAUCAUCCAACUGGGUGGAAACGACCACCGCCACCCCAAUGAAAUUCCUCCACGAGAUUUCUAUCAUGCCUACGUGAACCUUAUCGAGGACAUCCACAGCACAUGGCCACACGCCGUCAUUCUCAUCAUGUCCCAAUGGGGAGUAUGGGAGAAACAAGGCUUCUCGUAUGUCCCGAACAUGGUUUACGAAGAGGAGGGAAGACAAGUCCACCAACACUUCAAGGAUCGUGGAUUCGUCUACUAUUUCGACACCACUGGCAUCCUUCAGCACAAUGAUAUCAACCCGAAGAACCACCCAACAGAUGUGGGCCAUAUCAAACUAGCAAGCCAUUUGCUGCAGUGGACACGGAUGGUCAUGAGGUGGAAACUUGAGCCAAUGGGAGAGGUCCAGCAUGGAACACUCUAUUGGAAUGAUCAGCAAGAAUACUAG